CAGGAGUUCUAAAUAUGUUGCGGAAGCUUACUAAUGGAGUAGAAUUGCUAAGGCCAGGGCAAACUAGAUUUGCUACUGCUUUUAUUACACUGGGAAGGAUUCAUCUUCAGAAAGCCAACAUUAGAAAAAUGUUUACUUCGGAAAGUUGGACAACUAGUAAAUGGGCUAAAGAGGUGAAAGGCAAAAAGUGUGAAAGGACGGUUUUGAGUCCUGCCUUCUGGAAUCAUAUUGUUUAUGCUCUUAAGUUUUCCGGUCCUCUUGUUCGUGUGCUUCGACUUGUUGAUAAUGAAAAAAAAUCAGCUAUGGGAUAUAUUUAUGAAGCCAUGGAUAGGGCUAAAGAAGCCAUUGCCAACUCACUUAAUGGCAAUGAAGAGAAAUACAAGAGCAUUUUUGAGAUUAUUGAUGCGUGAUGGUCACUUCAAUUGCAUCGUCCUUUGCAUGCUGUUGGAUACUUUUUGAAUCCUGAAUUUUUUUAUCCAAAUAAGAUGAGAAUUGAAUCUGAUGAAGAGGUCAAUACAGGAUUGCUUUCAUGCAUUCAUAAAAUGGAAAAAAAUUCAGCAAAAGUUGAUAUGAUUCUUGAUGAAAUUGAGAAAUACAAGGCAGCUGCAGGGACCUUUGGUUUUCCUUCAGCUAUUAAAGGAAGAACAACCAAAUCUCCAGUUGCUUGGUGGAAAACAUAUGGUUCUUCAACUCCAAACCUACAAAAGUUUGCUGUAAAGGUUCUGAGUCUCACAUGUAGUGCAAGUGGUUGUGAAAGAAAUUGGAGUGUAUUUGAGCAUCUUCAUAGUAAGAAAAGAAAUCGGCUAUUUCAAGAACGCUUGGACAAUUUGGUAUAUGUGAAGUACAAUAGAGCGUUGCUACGCCGACACACUUUUGGGGAUAUCACAACACCUAUUGAUUUGGCAAAUAUUGAUGAGACUAAUGAAUGGUUGCUUGGUGAAUUAGAAAAAGGUGAUGGGGAUGAUGAUGAUGAUGAUUCUCUUGUUUUCAUGAAUGACGUAUUGACCUGGGGUGAUGUUGGUAGAGCAGCUAGAGUUUCUGAAUCUCGUUAUGAAUCAAGAUCGGCUGCAAGAUCAACAUUACCAGUUGAAACUCCAUCAUUUCGAAGGCUUCGUGCAAUGAGAGGUGCAUCCUCUUCGCAAGUUGAUGAUGAUGAAGAGGAGGAAGAAUUUGUGAUGGCCGUUGUUGAAAAUGAAGGUGAUUUUGGAAAUCUUGAUGAUGAGUAG